AUGGCGCCGCUGAAUUCUUUCUCUCUGGCCGCGCUCAACAGAUUCCGUGCAUACAAGCCGCCCUCGUUCCCGCUAUGGGAUAAGUUGCCGGCGCGCAAGCGAGCCGCCGUCCUGGUACUCCUGUUUGCGGACCGAUGGGGUGAUUUGCGAGUCGUCGUUACUAUGCGCGCGGCCAGUCUGCGCAGCUUCUCGGGACAUGCGGCGCUGCCGGGCGGCAAAGCAGACAGCAAAGAAGAGACGCCAUACCAGAUUGCGCGGCGAGAGGCAUAUGAAGAGAUAGGACUGCCCAUGGACGAUGAAAAGAUACCCAAGCCGUUUCGCAUCGAGCAGCUGUGUUACCUGCCACCGUCCUUGGCGCGGACGCACCUGGUGGUUACACCCUGUGUCGCAUUCCUGCAUGCCGAUCAGACCUCUGCCGAUUCACCGCCUGCGUUGGUUGAAGAAUCCAUGAUCCCUCGACUGGAUGCGCGAGAAGUCGCUGCCGUCUUUAGUGCUCCCUUCUACAACUUCCUCAAGGCCAACGACCUGCCGCCCCGGGAAGGCGAAACGCUACCCCCGGGGCACUGGUAUGACGGCGCUUGGACAAACUGGAAAGGAGAACAGUGGCGAGUUCACAACUUUUACGUGCCUGUUAACAAUCAGAAAGUAUCAAGGCCGAGAAGAGGAAGUGCGGCUCAAAUAGAGCUGGCAGACCAGCUGGAAGAGAGCCAAGAUCACGAAGGCCGAUUCAGAGUCUGGGGCAUGACUGGUAGAGUGCUCGUCGACGCAGCGAGGAUUGCAUACAACGAAGAGCCCGAGAUGAUACACAACCUGGACUUUGGAGAUCUCAAUGUCAUCAGGAUCGCCGAGGAAGAGGGUGCAUUAGACGAGAGCACCCUCCCGGAAAAGAAAGGCAAAGAAGAAGAGCAGAAGCCUGCCAAGAUGUAA